UCCUCUCCCAGCAUUCCCAGCUCCCGUCCCUGUUUGUUUAAAUCUCAGGGUGGGAAGUGUGCACCCCGUGCUGAGAUCAGAUAUGGUUCUCCUGACUCCAGUUUUGGUAGCAGUUGUCUGCAUUUUGCUUGUGUGGGUCUUUAAAAAUGCCCAGAGAAGCCUGGAGAGAAAGGAGGAGGGGCCUGCGGCUCGCCCCUGGUUGGAUGGAGACCUGCAAGGGGACCCAGAGCUCCUCCGGCGAGGGGAAGCAGGUGCAGAUCCUGAUGAAUGGCCGGAGGCAGAGGAAAGUGUGGCGCACGUCCCUUUCUCCCACACCCGGUAUCCAGAGCAGGAAAUGGUGAAGAGAUCUCAGGAAUUCUAUGAACUCCUCAACAAGAGACGCUCAGUCAGGUUCAUAAGCAGCGAGCAAGUCCCAGGGGAAGUCAUUGAUAACGUCAUCAAAACCGCGGGAACAGCUCCAAGUGGUGCACACACAGAACCCUGGACCUUUGUGGUGGUGAAGGACCCAGACAUGAAGCACAAGAUCCGGGAGAUCAUCGAGGAGGAGGAGGAGGUAAACUACAUGAGGAGAAUGGGACACCAGUGGGUCACAGACCUGAAGAAACUGAGAACGAAUUGGAUUAAGGACUACCUGGACGCUGCCCCUGUUCUCAUUCUCGUUUUUAAGCAAGUGCACGGGUUCGCAGCCGACGGCAGGAAGAAGGUCCACUACUACAAUGAGAUCAGCGUGUCCAUUGCGUGCGGCCUCCUGCUGGCUGCGCUGCAGAACGCAGGGCUGGUGACAGUCACGACCACUCCCCUCAACUGUGGCCCUCGUCUAAGGGUUCUCCUGGGCCGUCCCCCACAUGAAAAACUGCUGAUACUGCUCCCCGUGGGGUACCCUAGCAAAGAGGCCACGGUGCCCGACCUCAGACGGAAAGCUCUGGAGCAGAUCAUGGUGACCAUCUAGUGAGGGGGUGCUGCGACACCUGUUCCCCUCCGCUUGGGUCUGCUGCUUGCUGUUCCCCUCAGGGUCCGGUCUCCUCUGCACUCCAGGGCACAAGGAAGGACAGGCACCAUGCCAAGACACCUUUCUCUCCACAUUCCCCGGCAACCUGAGUCCGAGAAAUCUUGUUUAUUUUUCUGUAUGUGGACGUGCGUGUGUUUGCGUGGUGUGUAUGACUGUGCGUGUGCCCUUGCAGCGAGUGCCCCAUACUCUUCCUUGCCUGUGUUGGCAGGGGUCAGGUGUCCUGUUCCACCUUGUUUGAGCUAAAGCCUCUUACUAGCCGGGCAUGGUGGCGCACGCCUUUAGUCCCAGCACUCGGGAGGCAGAGGUAGGAGGAUCGCUGUGAGUUUGAGGCCAG